AUGUCCCUAGAGGCAGCGGCGGGGGCUCGGGCGCGGGCACGGAAGCCCAAGAAGCCGCACUACAUCCCGCGCCCGUGGGGCAAGCCGUACAACUACAAGUGCUUCCAGUGCCCCUUCACCUGCCUGGAGAAGUCACAUCUGUACAACCACAUGAAGUACAGCCUCUGCAAGGACUCCCUCUCCCUACUGCUCGACUCCCCAGACUGGGCAUGCCGCCGCCCCCCCCACGGCCCCGGGGACCCCGAUGCCCCCACCACACCCGGCCUCGGUGGCACCGAAAGCUCGUCCCUGCGCCGCUGCGGCGGGUGCCCCGAGCCGGGGGCCAAGGGCACCCCGGAGACUCCACCCCCCGCCGCCAGGGCCUCCAGGAAGGGUCUGGGUCCUGGCGGGCUCCUGGGCGAGUCACAGAAGCCUGGGCCAGGCGGGAGCCCGAGGAGCACGGCUGUGGGAGACGUAGCUGCCGCGGGCCCUGAGGGCAGCGUCCCCUGCUAUCCGCCCCCCACCCUCAGCGAGUUCCCUGAGGCCCAGAACCUCCACCUGUCCCUGCUGGGCGUCAACUACCCGCUCGGCCCGGGGCUUUUCUCCUACCUGGGGCCCUCCCUGGCCACUGCCCACAUGCCCUUCCUGGCCUCGGCCGGCCCCCUGUUGCCCCCGGCCCCUGCCUUCCCAGCCCCGCAGCCCCCUGAGCGCCCGGCCCUAGCCCCCCGCCUCUACUACCCUCUGCUCCUGGAACAUAGCCUGGGGCUGCCGGCAGGCAGGGCCACCCCCACCAAGCCCCCUGCAACUCCCAGGGGACCCCCUGGAACUCUGGCCGUCGGGCUGCUGAAGGUGCCUGUAGCUGGGGUGGGGGGGGUCUGGCCCCGUGGCCCCCCCAGGGAUCCAGGGCGGGAGGGGGAGCUGGAGCAGGCUGCUGAAGAGGAUCCGAAGAGGAAGGCACCCCCGGGAAGCAGGCUAGAGUUCCGGAAGGUUCCAAGCAUAGCCAAGUUUGCUUCCCAGAGCAGCCUGCCUACUGGCACCCCUGCGAUGCUCUGGACUGAGGACAAGGAUCCCUUGGACCCGGAGACCCUGGGCCCCGUGGCUUCCCUCUCCCAGCUGCCGCAUGGCCUGGGGCCCGGCAGCCCGGGGCACGUGGGUGAAGACCUGACUCGGGCCCUGGGUGACUAUGUGCGUGUGGAGCAGUGCCUGGGGCAGCUGGCGCCUGUGGGGGGCCUGGCCCCACGCCCCCUUCGCGAGCAGCUGGGCAAGAUCCGCCGGGAGCUGCUGUAUAUCCACCGAGCACUGGAGCAUGCUGUGCGCCCGCCUGACGGGCCCCUCGACCUCUCUGUGAAGCGGGUGCCAGCCAAGGGGCCCAGACCGCCCUCAGAGGCCUGGGGGCCACCUGAGCCAGGUCCUACGUUUCGCCAGGGGGUCCCUGCAGCCGCUGAGCCCUUCUCUGGCCACACCACCAAGUGCGAGGCCGACUCUAGUGUCCCGCCUCCGGGCCGCCCCUUGCCAGCCCCCGAGGACGCCACUACCUGUGGUGGCUGGGGCACCCGCGGUGCAGCAGGGGGCUCCCAGACCCCUGAGGAUGUCCCCGGCCUGCAGAUCCCCCGGGGUGCAGAGGUCUGA